GUGAAGCUAAGCCGCUGCUAGCGUUAGCUCAGUCAAACUGGUACAAACAUUAGCUUUACUGAUGUGUGGAAGUUUUUAUAGACUGCUGUUUUAUCUUAUCUCAGAUUAAUAUUUUGUCAUUUAAAGUGGCGAUGAGUUCAGUCCAGAAUCUGAGAGAGUUGAUCAACCAGCGACUAACUGCUGCUGCUGAAGAAAUAGUCACAGAGUUUGAGAAAACUAUCGUCCAGUACGAGGAGGAGAUCGAUCGUCAACGCAGACUGCUGGAUAACAUCUGGAAACCUGAGAUAAAGUUACACACAACAGACCUUCUACAGCAACAUGUCCAGGAGGAGAAUGUUCUUGAAGAGCAGAAUCUCUGCAACCAUGAGAGGAACUCCAAUCUGGACCAGGAGAACCCAGAGUUUCCACAGAUGAAAGAGGAACAGGAGGAACUCUGCAUCAGUCAGGAGGGAGAGCAGUCUAUAUUUAUGCAAGAGGCUAAUAUGCUGGUUCAAUGCAAAUCUGAAUGUGAAGAAAUAUCCUGUGAAAUAUUGAGCGUUUCCAGUAAAACACUCGGCCAGUUCGAUGAAGAGAUCGAUUAUCAGCGCAGGCUGAAGGAUAUCAUCUGGAAACCACGAAUAAUGCUACACAGAAUAGACCUCCCACAGCAGCAACAUGUCUGUAAAGAGGGGAAGGGUCUCACUGACCAGCAGCUCUGUAACCAGGAGAUGAACUUUAGUCUGGACCAGGAAGACCCAGAGUCUUCACAGAUUAAAGAGGAACAGGAGGAACUCUGCCCCAGCCAGAACAAGAAGGACCUAGAGUCUUCACAGAUUAAAGAGGAACAGGAGGAACUAUGCACCAGCCUGGACCAGGAUGACCCAGAGCAGGAACAGGAAGAAGUCUGCACUAGUCUGGAUCAGAAAGAGUUAGAGCCUCCACAGCUUAAAGAGGAACAAAAGGAACUCUGCACCAGUCUGGACCAAAAUGACCCAGACCCCCCACAGACUGAAGAUAAACAGGAGGAACUCUGGACCAGUCAACAGAGAGAGCAGAUUAUACUGAAGCAAACAACGGACACCUUUCCAUUGACUCCAACUGAUGAGGACAGUGACUACAGUGAACUAGACCCAAUCAGCAACCAGCUCCUCUCUUACAAUUUACCAGUAGGUCAGAGCCCCCACAGGGAAGGAAGUGAGCAUGUAGACUCAGAGUCACCUACAAAUGCAGUGCUAAAGCCUAAGAAAAGUCACAAGUUAGUCAGUCAGAUUAACAAUGUAGACAAGUCUUCAUUGUCAGAAAGUCACCGUGAUACUGACACAGGUAAAAAGUCUGUAAGAUGUGAUGUUUGUGGAAACACCUUUACAAACAAAUACCAAAUGAAGAAAUGUCACCAAAUCCACAAAGGUGGAAAAUCAUAUGUUUGCAAGGCAUGUAGAAAAAAUGUUAGUUUUCGUCAGAAGGUGUACCCUUGUGAAAGAUGUGGAAAAUGUUUCAACCAAAGUGGUACUCUGGCUAUCCACAUGAGAACUCACACGGGUGAGAAGCCGUAUUCUUGUGAGACAUGUGGCAAAAGUUUUCAUCAACGUAGUAAUCUGGUUGGCCACUUGAGAACUCACACAGGUGAGAAGUUGGUUUCUUGCAAAACAUGUGAAAAAACUUACAGUAAAAGUAGUAGCUUGAUUGUCCACAUGAGAACUCACACAGGCGAGAAGCCUUAUUUUUGUGAGACAUGUGGCAAAAAUUUCAAUAAAAGAAGUAUUCUGACUGUCCACAUGAGAACACACACAGGUGAGAAGCCAUAUUCUUGUGAAACCUGUGGGAAAAGUUUCACUCAGCGCAAUGGUUUGUUGUUCCACUUGAGAACACAUACAGGUCAGAAGCCUUAUUUUUGUGAGACAUGUGGCAAAAGUUACAGCCAACGUAGUAAUCUGACUGUGCACAUGAGAACUCACACAGGUGAGAAGCCAUAUUUUUGUGAGAUAUGUGGAAAGACCUUCCGUCAAAGUAGUCUUCUGACUGUCCACAUGAGAAUUCACACAGGUGAGAAGCCUUACUCCUGUCACAUAUGUAGGGAGAGAUUUAAUCAAGCAUCAGCACUGAAACGUCACAUGAGAACUCACACAGGUGAGAAGCCUUACCCUUGUCACAUAUGUAGGGAGAGAUUUAAUCAAACAUCAGCACUGAGACGUCACAUGAGAACUCACACAGGUGAGAAGCCUUACCCCUGUCACAUAUGUAGGGAGAGAUUUAAUCGAGCAUCAGCACUGAGACGUCACAUGAGAACUCACACAGGUGAGAAGCCUUACCCUUGUCACAUAUGUAGGGAGAGAUUUAAUCAAGCAUCAGCAAUGAGACAUCACAUGAGAACUCACACUGGUGAGAAGCCUUACCCCUGUGAAUUAUGUGGGGAGAGAUUUAAUCAAGCAUCAGCAAUGAGACGUCACAUGAGAACUCACACAGGUAAGACGCUGUAGUGCUGGAACAACGAUAGGAACAAAGCUUGAAAAAAACACCCAAUCAUUUACAUCUUUCAGGGUAAAAAUAGGUCCUGUAGAUUUAAAGAGCCUUUAAAACACUUCAGCAAUGGUUCUAUGAGUUUAUUGGAUGUCAGACUGUGAGACAUGGAUCUUUAAAAAUCUGUCAACCUCAACUUUUACAGAAGCACAUUGAAUUUACGAAAGACAGGCAACUGGAGACAUACUUCUGACUAAAGACCUAAGAGUUAAUUUAAUAUUGGUUAUCAAUUUCUGCGAGAGUUGAGUGCGAAGAGAUGAUGUUGGUCUGAUUUAAUGUAGUGAGCAAAAGUUUAAACAUAAAUGUGGGUUUUUUUCGUAAGUAAAUUGUUUUAGCAAUUGUCAUGUCAUGAGUUCAUGUACAUGUAAAUCCAUUGCAAUCCAGUUAAUAUUACUUUGUGUUACUAAUGUUUGUACAAAAUUGAAUUAAACCAGUUUUUAAUGCUGUAAAAUCUGUAAGUAACAGACCUGAUUGUUUUUAAAUCAGAUAAAGGUUCAGCUUUCUAUAUGACAGUUUAAUUUUAAAGUUCAACCCAGAGAGAUUUCAGUUUCCUUCAGACAAAUUGGUUCAGAUCAGAUGACUUUAAUGUCACACACUUUUUGUUGGUACCUUCAGUCUGGUUGGUUGAUAAAAUGAUGACGAUACAUGGCUUUGGUGUCGCAGUUUGUGUGACUUACUUUAACCCUAAAAAUAAAAUAGCUUCUUUCA